AUGUGUAAUGAUCCUGGGCCAGACUGUUACAUGGAAUAUGCACAUAAAUGUGUCGGAGCAUGGAAUUAUAUUCGGAAUCAAAUACUAGAAGACACUAGAUCAGCAUUGGCACGUUGGGCUCAAUUAAACAAUGAAACAAUACCUAGUUUUACUCCUUCCGAGAUGGUGAUGUACGAUCGCUGUUCAGAAGGUAAUACUCUUCGUCAUCCUGAAUAUGGACCUGUGGCUUUUAGUACAUUUAAGUGCAUUCCAAAAACAGUAACAGUUUUAUAUCAUGUGUACGACGAAGCGCAAACCACCUUCUUUUGUGAUGCUCUACGUAGAGAACAAACAAAAUAUCUAAAAAGUAUACGUCCAGAUAUAACUGUUAUUCAAUCACGAGGUAGUGCAUGGCAAGACUUUGCUAAACUCGUCUAUGCUCCCUAUGUAUUAAUUAUUUCUGCUGGAUCAACGUUUGCGCUGUGGGCCACUUUGGCCAACGUCGGGCAUGUAUGGAUUCCACCACUAUAUGGCGGAAUGACACCAGAUGUUGGAAGCAACUAUCAUUGGAUUAGUACACCAAUAUUAUAUCCUUCUAUUGGAAAGAAAUUAAACUUCACAGAACCGAGAAACACACGUGAUGCUGAGAAGCUUAUUGAGUGGCUGAGAAACGCAUGA